UCGGCCGUGACUGCUGCUGCUAUUCAUUCAGGGCUGCUGCGAGCUCAGAAUCGGUCACCGCAGAGAUAUAUCCAUCCGAAUCGGACGCCUGACAUAUUCGCUUGUAGCUUAGAUAACAGGAGAGCGAGCAUGGCUGGUCGGCUGCCGGCUUGUGUUGUUGACUGCGGCACCGGGUACACUAAGCUUGGUUAUGCAGGAAACACAGAACCUCAGUUCAUCAUACCGUCAUGUAUUGCAAUCAAAGAGUCAGCCAAGGUUGGAGACCAGGCUCAGCGCAGGAUGAUGAAGGGGGUUGAUGACCUGGACUUCUUCAUCGGGGACGAAGCCAUCGACAAACCAUCAUAUGCAACAAAGUGGCCCAUCCGUCAUGGAAUAGUGGAAGACUGGGACCUGAUGGAGAGGUUUAUGGAGCAGGUCAUCUUCAAGUAUCUGCGGGCAGAACCUGAAGAUCAUUAUUUCCUCUUGACAGAGCCUCCCCUCAACACACCUGAAAACAGAGAGUAUACAGCAGAGAUCAUGUUUGAGUCAUUCAACGUCCCAGGUCUCUACAUUGCUGUUCAGGCUGUCCUGGCGCUGGCUGCCUCCUGGACAUCCAGACAGGUGGGAGAACGCACACUGACAGGCACCGUGAUUGACAGUGGAGAUGGAGUCACGCACGUCAUCCCUGUGGCUGAAGGGUACGUUAUCGGUAGCUGCAUUAAGCACAUCCCCAUCGCCGGUCGAGACAUCACGUACUUCACCCAACAACUGCUGAGGGAGCGAGAGGUGGGGAUACCUCCUGAGCAGUCUCUGGAGACAGCCAAAGCUGUUAAGGAGCGGUUCAGCUACGUCUGCCCUGACCUCGUUAAGGAGUUCAACAAGUAUGACACAGACGGCUCCAAGUGGAUCAAGCAGUACACGGGCAUCAACGCCAUCUCCAAGAAGGAGUUCACCAUCGACGUUGGCUAUGAGCGUUUCCUGGGGCCUGAGAUCUUCUUCCAUCCUGAGUUCGCCAACCCAGACUUCACCCAGCCAAUCUCAGAGGUGGUGGACGAAGUCAUCCAGAACUGCCCCAUAGAUGUCAGGCGUCCGCUCUACAAGAACAUCGUGCUUUCCGGAGGCUCCACCAUGUUCAGGGACUUUGGCAGACGUCUGCAGAGGGACCUCAAGAGGACUGUGGACGCAAGGCUGAAAAUGAGCGAAGAGCUGAGCGGCGGCAAGUUGAAGCCAAAGCCCAUCGAUGUUCAGGUCAUCACUCAUCACAUGCAGAGGUACGCCGUCUGGUUCGGAGGAUCGAUGCUGGCUUCAACUCCCGAGUUCUACCAAGUGUGUCACACCAAGAAAGACUACGAGGAGAUCGGACCGAGCAUCUGCCGCCACAACCCGGUAUUCGGAGUCAUGUCUUAGGCUUCGGAGGAGCGCGUUCAGCGGAGGCCGAGGAAGACAGAGGAAGCACCGCAACACCUCACACGCUGUGGAAGCCCCAUGAGCCUUUGCACAGAUGCUCCGACAGACCUGUUCAUUCGGAUUGAGCGACAGUGGACCAAACAAACUGCCAAAAGAGUGGCAAUCUCCUCACAAAUUAGAGGAAAGAGGUGACUCAGCCCAAAGGAUCCUCAAAAUAAAAAUGUUUACUGCAAGUAGGUUAAUAAUAGGUGAUAAAAAUCUUUAAUUUCUGCGUGCCUCGUAUAUGUACUUAUAAUAUCCUCACAGGGUUGUAAUAUGUAAUUAAUCAACAUGAGUCCUGUAAAAAUGCACUUCUCUGUGUAUAUGGGUUGGGUUCUUGCUGUUAUAUACUCCAAAAAAACAAAAAAAAAGAAAACUGAGGGGUUGUUUCAAGAAGCAGGACACACAUAGCUAGAUCAUUUUUCACCAUUAAAUAAUACAUUUUCUAUCAAGGCAUCAAAUGGGUGCAAACAUACACAACAUCAUACAAAAAACAAUCAUCAGAUAUACUUUAAUUCCUGAUUAUUAUUUUUUUCUCUUUUUUUUAUUUUUUUAUUACUUUAUUAAUUUUUUUUGAAAUGUCCCUCAGUACCUGGAAAAAAAAUCUGUAUUUGAAUUUAGAUUAAAAUAAGUCAGACAUUAAAAAAGGAAAAAAAAAAAGUGAAUCUGUUCAAAUGUUUUUUUCCAGGUUUCACUGAAACAACAAUUCCUCCUCCAAUUCCUUUUUCCUCUGCAGCGUUGUGACUAAUUACACACUGCUUUCUUUUGACCUUUUUUUUUAAUUAUUUGUAUUAAUCAUCUCUCAGACGGCUUGUCUUGGAAAAAAAAAGUUGUAUUAAUAUAUGAACAUGCAGUUUGAAUGACUGUUGUUGGACCAUCACUGUUGCCUAGAUCUCAGUUAUACUGGAUAGCCUUGUACUGUACCAAAUCUGGAUUUCAAUGCUGGCAUUCCAAUAAAUGCCAAGGAGAUA